UAUAAGCUCCGGAUUCACAAUGGAUUUAGACGAGAUCCUUAGCAACUUUGGAUUGGGCUCAUAUCAAGUGACUGUAUGUGCUCUAAUGGGGCUCGUGCUCAUGUACUCAAACAUAUCACCACUUAGUUAUGCCAUUACAGCCAGUGACAUUAAAUACAGAUGCGAAAUCCCGCAGUGCGACACCGACAACUCAACAUAUAAUCCGGACUGGUUAAACCAAGCGAUACCUUUUAAAGAAAAUUCUAAUGAGCCUUACAAAUGUCUUAUGUACCGCUUUGAACCACGGACUAACAGAACAGGUAUCUCUGCCAAUAGCACGUGUAAUCCAGAAUCAUUCAACCUCAGUUCUAAAAUGAAGUGCAACAAAUGGGUGUUUGAUAAAACUGAAAGAACUAUAGUGAACGAUUUUGGUAUAAUGUGCGAGAAAAACAAAUGGAAACUCAUUAUGGUGGGAACCGUCAAUAGCAUUGGUCAGAUCAUUGGCAUUCCUUUAGCAGGAUAUAUUUCCGACAAGUCUGGACGCAAGUUUAUGUUAAUACUGGGGUCAGUUACAUCGGCCAUACUCGGCACGCUCAAAUCGUUCACUGUCAAUUACUAUUCAUUCCUACUUUGCGAAUUUUUGGAGUCCAUGGCUUCCUGCGGAGUGUAUGCUGCCACCUUCGUAUUAGGUAUAGAACUAGUCAGUCGAAAAUCGAGAGCUACCGUGAGUACUUUGAUGGGCUGUUUCUAUCCCAUGGGUGCAGUUAUAAUGGGUUUUUCAGCCUACAUGAUUCUUGAUUGGCGUAUAAUGCUUAGGGUAGUCAACUUACCCGGUUUACUUAUAUUAGGAUAUAUUUGGUAUGUGCCAGAGUCCAUAAGAUGGCUUCAAACCAAAAACCGAAUUGAAGAAAUGGCCAUAGUUCUAUCAAAAAUUGCUGAAUCUAAUGGCAAUACACUUCCAGCUUGCGUCAAAGAAGCUCUGAUCGCCAACACUAUAGCCAGUAGCAACGCAACAAAUACGCUCGACAAUAACCAAGUGUGUAGUUGUAGAUUAUUGAAAAAAAUAUUUAGUUCAAUUGAUAUUUUGAUACUUGUAGUCAACUGUUCGUUUUGCUGGAUGACAAUAACAUUAGUUUAUUACGGCCUCUCGUUAACUUCAGUGGAGUUGUCCGGUAACAAAUACUUGAACUUUAUGCUUGUAAACGCUGUAGAGAUACCAGCAUUUUUAUCAUCGUGGUACUUCAUGGAACACUUUCCCAGACGACCUACCCAAGCGUUUGCAUUCUUCUUGAGUGGCGUAGGAUGUAUUAUGGUCAACUUAAUAUCUACAGAUUAUGUAUGGGCGCAACUAUUGUUGUUCUUGAGCAGCAAGUAUGCAAUCACCAUGGCAUUUAACAACUUGUACAUAUUCACCGCAGAAAUGUUCCCAACCGAAAUGCGUAUGUCACUGAUAGGCAUAGUUUCCAUGUUCGGUCGAUUGGGUGUAUUAUUCGCUCCACAGAUGACGUUGUUGGGUGCCUAUUUUGGACAAUACGUACCGAUCUUAUUGUUCGGAAUCAUAUCGACUGUGGCUGGGGCAACGUCUUUCUUGUUCCCGGAAACAAAAGAUAAAAGCUUAUCCCACACAGUAAGACCAGUUGAAUCGGCUGAAGAGUUGAAAUAAUUUAUAGUUCAUGUAAUAGUAUUGUAACAAGUUUAUAUAAUCUGUAUGUCCACAUAAUUUUUGUGUACGAAUUUCAUUAACUGUGGAUGUAAUAAGUAAUGUACACUUAGUAUUUACACAUUUUAAAAUAAUGAAUUAUUUUGAAUAUAUACGAAUUACAUAUAAUAUACCUAAAAAUUAAUAAAUAAAUUACCCUCUGAAUACGAAUUAGGUCGAAACAUUGUGUAAUGAUCCCAACUAAUAUCUCAACAAACUCCAUUUCAUCACCCUUUUUCGUGUGUUUUUAUAAUAUCAACAUUUCUGUGAUAUAAAAUAUGGAUUAAUAACAUGACUUUAAAAUUGAAUAAAUCAUUACUUGUUAUGUAUUAUUAAUUACUACAUACUGCCAUGUAUUGUGUAUUGUUCAUAUAUUAUACUCAAGUGUUUAAUGGACAAUGGUAUAUCAACACUAAACAUAAUAAUAUGAACUGUUACUUUUAGCAAUAAUAUUUUUCUAUGAUUUUU